AUGUCUGCACCGUAUUGGGGCGCGCUGCCUCAGCCAAAAGGUGUUCGAAGCCGGCGAGUUUCAGCAGAUUACACCCAUGAAUUCGCGCAAAAUGACCAGAGGCGUUCGUUGGAUGUCGAGCGUACGCGCAAAGCCAAUCGCGCCUCAGUCCAAACAACUUACACCGAAGCUCCCACCGACACGACAUUCAGUCCCAACUCGCCGACAUCAGCAGCUGACUAUCAAGGCCUGGCCCCUAGACCAGCCUCAUAUCGUGGGUUCCCUCAAGAGCAAGCAUUUGAAAGAUAUGAUAGGCAAGAUCGACGAUCAAACCGAGUCCCUGACGAAUUCGAAAGCAUCUCACCAGCUCCGCCAUCAGUCACGGAUACUAUAAUUCGAGGCCCGCCAACAAAUUAUCGCGACCCUUACGCAGAUGAACCAUACAACUACCCCCAUCAGUCGACAUCGUCACAGCCUGUGCGGAAAUCUGCGGCUCAGGCAGAGAGCAUGGGCUACGGCGAACACACCACACCUCAACGAGAUAGUCAAUAUGGCGCACCGCAGCCGUUUGUCGAUGGUGGGCUCGCCCGAACAGAUAGCAUUGCUUCUGCUCAACUUCAGAGAACCCCAACGAUUGGGCAGAAUGAGCGGCGAAAAAAGUUGGCAGACAACCGAUCACCCCUCCAGAGGCUUGAGCUGACGCUCGACAGCAUGACCAAGGAGGAAAAGAGAGCGCGAGUGGAAGCAGCAGAGCAGCGGGCCAGAGCGAGGGCUGCCAAAAGAGCUGCCGCUGAAGCUGCCGAAAACCAAAACCCGUCUCCGCUCUCAACUCCUACCCAACGACAAAGCCACCGCCCUACGGCAGUCGAGUCGCCUACUGCUGCGACAAUAUCAAGAUCAGUAACACUACGAGACAUCACCUCACCUAAAUCCUCAGCUACACAAUCAGUACAGCCCGGACAGCGAGUACCCGAAGACCAAUAUUAUCGCCAGAGCCAGGAUGGCCUUCGCCGAUCAAAAACGACGGCUGAACACCAACCAAGGCAGCUACCACAGCCGCCCAUCCGUGAAGAACAGCGGCCGAGGCAGCUACCUCAGCCACCUGUACGCGAAGAUCAGCAACCAAGACAGUUGCCCCAACCGCCCAUACGUGAUGAUCAACGCAGAAUUCAUCCUCAAGAAGCCUCUCGUCCUGAUGAUCAGCGCCGAUAUUCUAGCCAAGCAGCUCUUCAGUAUCCUCAGGCCAGCCCUGAUCAGUGGCAGCCUACCUCAGGAGGGGAUAUUCCUAAGCGCAAUCUCAGCUUCCGCGAGCGCGAUGUCUGGCGUGAGGCGAAACCUCUCGAUGCAGAUUCAAACCAGCCUUCGAAAGGAUCCAGCGGCUUUUCCCUUACACGCAGCGGAAGUAACAAGCUAAGAAAAGAACCCCCUGCAGAUGUCUGGCGUCGCAUACGCGCCGAAGCAGAACGACGAUUGCCGCCGGAGCCACAGCCUGCUCAAGCUCAGUUUGAUGAUCCAAUGGGGUCUCCGCAAGGGUCCCCACGAGGAUUACCAGUAGGAGCACAACAACAGGCGCGCAAUAAAGAACUGCCUCCUUUGCCUUUAGCUGUGAAUGACCAGAUAAAUGUCCGGCCAGAGGCAAAGAAGGCGUCUACGUCUGCUGCCGAGACUGAAAUUCAGGCUAUGCAGCGGCGGGCCACUGAACCCAUUUAUGCUCGAGAGGAGAGAGGGCUGAAUGCUGAAUAUGCCCCCGCGGCUGCCAUUGGCAGGAUCAUUUACGAGGCGAGUCAAAAGAACCGGGGAGCCUUUCCACAGCUAAACUCUGCAGUAAAGAGUUUGGAAGAUCAGACGAAUCAUGGUCUAAUAGCGGAGACACAGGAACCACAACAACCACAACAACCACAGGAAUCACUUGAGCCGCCGAAGCUGCAGCAAUCACAGGAGCGGCUCGAGUCGCGAUUCGCAUCCAAGAACCCGGAGGGGCUACAUUCCGGCGAUGGCUUGAAUAACUCGUCCCGGUGGCUGAAUGAGUGGCGGAAAGGCACAGUCGGUACCUUAUCUGGGACCCUUCUCGACCUUAGUGGUGACCAGCCGGCCGGAUCGAUGGAGAAGAACAACGCUCGCUUGGACCGAGAGCAGGGAGGCCAUCACCGGAGAAUUAGCAGCAUUACUUCGAGGCCACGCAAGGCUGAAGCAUUCGAUGGAGAGUACGAUGAUACCAGUGGCGCGCCCACUCGAUUCAAACCGCAGUUAUACUUGAAAUGUGGCCCGCUUCUAAGAUACUGCGGCCUGCGUUACGAACAGGUUCCACCCAGACCUCGAGGGCCAGCGGCCAUGCAAGAUCGUGAAAUCUGGAGAGGAAGUGUUAUGAUUGUAACCAACGAUGCCCAGUCGUCCUAUGACAUUGCGCCGACGCUUCGGCUAUUCGUGCAAGAUAUCGAGCUGUUGCCUCCGCCUCCCCACCAGGUUAACGGUGAGCUCUCUCCCGAAUAUGUGGACCCAAUCGCCGGACAUCCCAAGCUGGGCCGCAGUGGUGAGACCCUGUAUGUUCGACCCGUGGACCAUCUUGAAGAAGGCAGAGAUCUAUCUCAUGAUGAGUCUGAAGAAGGGCUAUUUGAGAAAUCAAGAAGCCCGCCAGAUGAACCUCUGCCACACGGGCUCCAAGACUAUCCGGGAUCGUUUGCUAGCCGCCGAGCGCGAGCAAACGUUGAUGGUGAGAAGUUGCAAAAGUACAAGGAUGUGAGGGGUUUCCGCCUUCACGCCGAACAGGGAUGUACGUUUUGGCGUUUCAAUAUUGAGGUUGAGCUUCGCGAGCAGCAACAACGGAUCGCAUAUCGCAUUAAUCGUGGUCCAGCUAUGGCUUUCUGGGUUCCUGGGCGCGGACAAGCAAUGAAUAUGAUGUUCUAUUCAUGCAAUGGUUUCAGCAUCAGCGUCAACCCUCAUGAGAUGAGCGGACCUGAUCCCAUGUGGCGCGACGUACUCAACUCGCACCAGACACAGCCAUUCCACGCCAUGAUAGGUGGCGGUGAUCAGAUUUACAACGACUGUGUAGCCUACGAUAGUCCACUAUUUGACCAAUGGCUCCAGAUCACUGUUCCUGAAAAGAAGCUCAACGCCCCGUUCACAUUCGAGUUGCAGACUGAAUUAGAGCACUUUUACUUGGAACGAUACUGUGCCUGGUUUUCCCAGGGCUUGUUCGGGCUGGCCACUUCACAAAUUCCCAUGGUCAAUAUGUAUGAUGAUCAUGAUAUUUUUGAUGGAUAUGGCUCUUAUGCUCAUGCCGAUAUGAGCUCACCAGUAUUUUCAGGCUUGGGGUGGGUGGCUUUCAAAUAUUACAUGCUCUUCCAGCAUCAAAGUAUUGUAACCGAGACGGAGAAUUCUGAGCCAAGCUGGAUUUUGGGUGAGCAGCCAGGCCCAUACAUCCAAGAAGUCAGCCGCAGUCUCUACAUGUCUAUGGGUGGAAAGGUUGCUUUGCUUGCCGUGGAUACUCGCACAGAGAGGACUGAAGACGUCGUGCUAAGCGAAAAGACAUGGGACAAGAUUACAAGCAGGAUGUAUGCGGAGAUCAGGAAGGGGCAAGUAGAACAUCUGCUCGUCCUUCUCGGAGUUCCAAUUGCCUACCCCCGCCUUGUUUGGCUGGAAAAUAUAUUGACCUCAAAACUGAUGAGCCCCGUUAAAGCAAUCGGCAAGACAGGCGUGCUCGGCAAGACUCUGAACAAUAUCAAUGAUAACUAUGAGAUUCUGGAUGAUCUCAAUGAUCAUUGGACUGCCAAGAACCAUAAAAGGGAGCGCACCGUUAUAAUUGAAGAUUUACAAGACUUGGCUAUCGACCGGUCUGUGCGAAUCACAAUCCUGAGCGGCGACGUUCACCUUGGCGCUGUUGGCCAGUUUUAUUCUAACCCCAAGCUCGGCUUGGCUAAACACAAUGAUCCUAGGUACAUGCCGAAUAUCAUAUCUUCCGCUAUUGUCAAUCGCCCACCUGCAGACAUCGUCGCCGAUCUGCUGAAUAAGCGCAACAAAGUCCACCACUUUGACAAACAGACAGACGAAGCCAUGAUUCCCAUCUUCCAAAACGGUGUUGAUGGUAAGCCUAGGAACAACAAUAACUUGCUUCCUCACCGAAACUGGUGCUCUAUUCGCCUGUGGACGCCGGGCAGCACGCCGCCACCAUCGCCUCCCAUGUCCGACCGAGGAAGGAGUCGAAGCCCGGGAGGCGGAAGUUUGCUUCGGAGGCUUUCGUCUAGACGCCGCAGGUCUACCUCGCAACAGCCUUUUGAUGUCUCACGUGAAUCCGUGAGAGGGCCUCGGCCUCCCAUUUCAGGAGGAGGAGGUCUUUUCAAGAACUUUGGGCGACGGAACUCGGUCGAUCAACAACGCCCUGUAGGAGGAGGAGUGACUCGAACCAUGUCCCUUGGACGCGGAGAGUCAGCGCAGCAGAGUGCUGAUAUGGCGUACUACGGACAACAUGGUAGCCAGAGCCGAUUUGAUGAGAGCAAUAUGAGUGGCCAAUGGAGCGGCGAGUUUGACGGCGGAUACGCAGAUCACCGAGCUCAAGGGCAGCCUCGUCCCUCGGGCCUCCGGGGCGGCGGCGGUAGCGAUUAUGAUGAGUUCUCAGCGGGCGAUGAGGCUUAUUUCACAUCACAAGCGCCUCGACGGGCACAGACUGUGAACUAUCAUGCCGGAGGCCCUUCUGGCCAUGAAGUUGAGGACCCGGCAGCAGUCCGUCCGUACCACCGAACGCCUACGGGACUAUCACCCAAAGAUAUGAAACAGGCCGACAGACUCGAAGUUAAUCUAGAAGGUGCAUUGGACAUUGCUUUGAACAUGGAAGUAAACGCCAAGGAUCCUACCGGAAUUACCGUGCCAUAUCGAAUUUUGGUCCCCAAGCUGUUCUAUGAAUAUUCUUCCCAGGACGAUCUGUUCCAGGCGGCAGAACCAACGGGAAUCAAAAAGUUCCUCAGCUUUAGGAAGAAGCCCAAGGGCCCCGCCGCGGGGCCAGAGCUGGAACCGGAACCGGAGCCGACUGAUGAGAUGGGAUAUGACGACGAUGAAGUUGACGACGAAAGAUACUAA